GGAACCUCCCAUGUUUGGCCAUCCGCCCCGGUGACAUGUCAGCCUCCCAUAAUGGUGUGCAUGUCUCGCGUGUUGCAGUGGGGUUCCAUGUUUGCCGCGCGGCUCGGACCGCAGAGCUGGGCGUGCAGGUUGGCGGGCCUCUCAGUCAGAUACUCCAGCACCGAGACGGCUCCUCACAUACCCAGCAUGGACUAUCAGGAUGCCAUCUGCACUCUUAACACCCUGCAGACUAACGCCAGUGCUCUGGAGCAGGUCCGUCGGGAGCGGAGCAACCCUGAGGUGCAGCUCCAGGCCAUGAAAGGCUUCUUGAAGCGGGCUGGUAUCACGGUUAAAGAAUUGGACCAUCUCAAUAUCAUUCAUGUGACGGGGACAAAGGGCAAGGGAUCCACAUGUGCUUUUACUGAGCAGAUUCUGAGAAGUUACGGGUUCCGUACGGGGUUUUACAGUUCCCCUCACUUGGUACAAGUCCGGGAAAGGAUUCGAAUCAACGGACUGCCGAUUGGAAAAGAGCUCUUCACUAAAUACUUCUGGCAGGUGUAUGGGCGACUCUAUGAAACAAAGGACGUCCAUGGAGGAGCAAUGCCAGCAUACUUCCGCUUCCUUACCAUCUUGGCCUUUCAUGUGUUUCUUCAAGAGAAGGUUGAUUUAGCUGUAAUUGAAGUUGGAAUUGGUGGCGCAUACGACUGUACCAAUAUUAUAAGGAGGCCGUGGGUGUGUGGCAUCUCCUCUCUGGGUAUAGACCACACUCAGAUUCUUGGAGACACACUUGAAAAAAUUGCCUGGCAAAAAGGAGGCAUUCUUAAGCCUGGGGUUCCGGCCUUCACAGUCAAACAACCAGAAGAGGCACUGGCUGUGCUGAAGGACAGAGCCAAGGAGAGAAGUUGUCCCCUGUGGAUUUGUCCAGAGCUGGAGAACUAUCACACAGACUCUGCUCCUUUGCAUUUGGGACUGGCAGGAAAGCACCAGAGAUCCAACGCCUCCCUGGCCCUGCAGCUGAGUCACACUUGGCUGCAGAAAAGAUGCCUACAAGAUGAGAGCUUCCCAUCUAUGCAUUUUGAGAACACAAGUGUAUUUCAGGCGUCUCCAUUCAAGCCCACGCCUGUAAUGCUAAAAGGACUAGCUCACACAGAGUGGCCUGGGAGGAAUCAGACUCUAAGACAUGGAGAUGUCACCUACUUCCUGGAUGGAGCUCACACCAUGCGCAGCAUGCAGGCCUGUCUGCAGUGGUUCAAAGAGGCUGCAGCCCAGCACAUGAAGAAUGCGAGUGGAACUGUAGCCAGAGUUUUACUGUUCAAUGCUACAGGAGACCGGGAUUCAGCAGCCAUGCUUAAACUACUGAUGCCAUGUCAUUUUGACUUUGCUGUGUUCUGCCCAAAUAUCACAGAAACCAUCACUACCUGUAAUGCAGAUCAGCAGAACUUCAACGUCUCUGUGGAGAACAUGCUGACUCGCUGCUUGGACAAUGAGAGAAGCUGGCGUUUGCACCACAGCCUGACCGAUGAUCAAGGCACACAGCUGCUCAUUGAGAGUGGCCUUUCCCUCGUCCCCGAAAAGAAAGCAGACGCCCUGGUCUUCCCCUGCAUCCUCAGUGCCCUCCAGUGGAUCACCCAGGGCAGGGACUCUGUGCUGGUAGACCCAGCCAAGAGAUGCUUGGCAGUAAAACCCAACAUUGUGGCGAGAGCCGCUCCCCUCCGCAGUGCUGCAGAGAUCCACAUCCUCAUCACAGGAAGCCUCCAUCUUGUGGGUGGAGCACUCAAACAUCUUAUACCUACUUUCUCUAAUUGAAUACCGAGAGUUUAAAGUGUAAGUGUCUGAUGCAAUGACUUCAUGAAAGUAGAAUAACGUCUGUCUGUACUUACCACCUUGGACGUGGAUGUUUUUUUUUUCUGGUGCUUACCCCAGUGGGAUUCACUGCACCUAGGUUUCGUUGUUGUCAUGGCAGCUUGGCUAAGACUUAGCUUAGCCCUCAACCUAAAGCCUUAAGAGCCAGACUCAGCCAAUUGCACAAACAUGUCAAGCACAUGUCUUUUAGUUUUACUCAAAGCUUGAAGUGUUUACAUGAUCUGCGGAGGGCACAUUCACUACACAAGUUGAGUUAACAAAACUGGAUUUUUGUGUCUGCACUUCGGUGAUCACUGAUGCCAGCGUGAUGAUGUAUUACAUUCAUACAAAAGACCUGUGGCCACAGAAUAGUGCCAUUUAUGUGUUUUACAUUUCAGUAAGGAGCAUGUGUCAAAUACCCUUCACUGCUGUCGUUUUUUCAUUUUAGAUACUGGACAGUGUGCUGCGUACACUACACGUCGCUGGUUAUCUUUGUUGUAGAUGUGUAAAUAUUUCUGACAUCAGGAGAAAUAAUUCAAGUCAUGUUCAGUAUAACAGGUUUUACAGUGGAAUUGAUAUUUAAAUUAUCCUUAAAUUAAAUUUGCAUUACCCAAUGGUACAUGAAGUUAUUGUAUGUAUGUUUGUGUGUAUCAUGAUGAAUGUGUAUAAAAUACACUUAUCCUUUGGUUCCUAAUGUCAUGAUAUGUAUAAUAAUGCUGAAUGGUUGAAUGGAAACCAAAUGGUUGGUUGGUUGUCACCCAUGCAUUUACUUACUGUAACAUUGUAACAUGUUUUUUCCAAAACAAAUAAUACAUUCACUAUGCUCUUAACGUCUUUAUAUGUCCCUAUGAACACAUGCACUUAUACUGAACAUACCACUUAGUUUGUGAAGAUGAACUGUCAUCAAGUCAAUUACAUUAUAGAUGGAUACUG